UCUUCCCAGACCAGGGCUUGAACCCAUGUCCCCCGCAUUGGCAAACGGAUUCUUAACCACUGCACCACCAGGGAAGUCCCUACAGUGAUUGAAACAUUCUUAUUUACUGUGAUCCUUGAUCUCCCCAGGAGUCAUGGCUGGGCCACUGAGUACUGGCUUUUACUAGUCCACAGAAGCCAGGUCUGGAACUAUUAAGAGCAAGCAGCUGUGUCCCCUAUUUCAGCACCACACAUUCUUCCAGAGGUCUAUUAAUUCUUUGCAGGAGUGGCAGACACUGGCACCAAACCCUUUUGCCUUCUAUCUCCUCUUAGGGGCAGCCUCCUGGCAAAAGUCUUUCUCUCUUACCACGUGCAUUUACACACUCAAGGGUUUAUGUGAGAUUCCCAGGUGAUUUACUGCUAUUCUGUCUCUCUUCCCCAGCCUCCAGACACAGCACCACUGGAGCCCCAGGGCCCAGCUGCUCUGCUCUUAGCUUGUGCAGAACUGUUGACCUGGACAAACCAGGAAAAAAGACUGAGCAGGAGUGGGGGUGGGGUGGAGAUCACCCAGAUGCUUUCCACUCCACUGAGUGCCCCUCAGGCUACUGAUGCAACCAGUCCCCUACUGUAGGCCAGGGAGACUGUCCUAAGUCAGUGCUUCCUAUCUGGGAGGAGGGAUUCUUUGCUGGAGCCCUGGAACAGGUCCCAGUGAGACAAGUUUGCCUUAGGACAUAUUGCAGGGGAUGAAAGAUGCACCAUUGUAGACUGUGCUGAGAUAUCAGGAACUCUCCAACCCAGAGAUGGACUUUGCUCUUUAUUUCACCACCAGGAGAGGAUUAGGUUCAUUUUGAUAUCCAGGAAUUCCUCUUGCUAGAACAAUUUCUCCACUUAAAUAAUGAAUGAGGUCAAGUCUAUUGAUUUUAAUCAGGGGAGGCAGGGGCAACCUUGCUGUGAGGAGUUUUUGGUCCUGUGCUCUUGCUUGCAGCCUUGAAGUCCUGGAAGUCCCAGAGUGCAGCAGGGGGCCAUGCAGAGGUUAUCUGCUGCCAUUGACUGAGUUAGGAAGUGAAAGGUCGGGAAUCAGUUAUGGAGAUAUAAGAUCCCUGUCCUGGGACUGGCAAGGCAUUCUCCACUGUCAAGGGGUUGUAAAUAAACCCAUUGCACAACCUUCAGCCCAGAAUUAAAAGCCCUUAGCCCAGAAGCAGCUGGGCUCUGGAGGUGUUUGCCUAUGACCUUUUCUCUCACCACACCCUGGGGCUCUUGGGAGGAGCUGAGGUCUGAGCUGCAGUGCCAGGAUGCUGCCUCUGUCAGUGCAGGCAUUCUGCUGCCUUUCUGGGUCCUGUCACACGGGCUCCUUGCUCAACUAUUGGGUGCAUAGGAUGGAAACUGCUCUCCCCUAUUUGGAAGACAGCACGUGGCUUGGCUUCAUAGAGUUGUGGCUGGAGACUGAAACGGCAGCCGCCUUCUCAGGUUUUCUGUAGCCAGUCUGUUAGAGGAAAGGCAAGCACUCCAUGCCUUACAGGCCCAAGAAGAUGGAAAGACAAGUGGUAGGCGGGAUACUCAGGCGCUUCCGCAACUGGCUGCCUCGACACGGAGCAGGACCUCCCCAGGAUAAUCUGGGGGAAGUUGUAAAGGAACCAGAAAGGGCCCAGGAGCACUGUCUACCCAACUUUGCCGGAGGGCAGCACUUCUUUGAAUACCUCCUCGUGGUUUCUCUCAAAAAAAAGCCUUCGGGGGAUGAUUAUGAGCCCACAAUCACCUACCAGUUCCCCAAGCGAGAGAACUUGCUUCGGGGACAACAGGAGGAGGAGGAACGGCUGCUCGGAGCCAUCCCCUUGUUUUGCUUCCCAGAUGGGAAUGAGUGGGCCCCACUCACUGAGUAUCCCAGGGAGACCUUCUCGUUUGUCCUGACCAACGUGGAUGGCAGCAGGAAGAUUGGAUACUGCAGGCGCCUCUUGCCCGCCGGCCGUGGUCCUCGCCUCCCCAGGGUGUACUGCAUCAUCAGCUGCAUUGGCUGCUUCGGCUUGUUCUCCAAGAUCCUGGAUGAAGUGGAAAAGAGGCAUCAGAUCUCCAUGGCAGUCAUCUACCCAUUCAUGCAGGGCCUCCGAGAGGCAGCCUUCCCUGCUCCUGGGAAGACCGUCACCCUCAAGAGCUUCAUCCCCGACUCAGGCACUGAGUUCAUUUCGCUGACGCGGCCCCUUGACUCCCACCUAGAGCACGUGGAUUUUAGUUCUCUGUUGCGCUGUCUCAGUUUUGAGCAGAUUCUUCAGAUCUUUGCCUCUGCAGUGCUGGAGAGAAGAAUCAUCUUCCUGGCAGAAGGUCUCAGCACACUGUCUCAGUGCAUCCAUGCUGCUGCGGCGCUGCUCUACCCCUUCAGCUGGGCCCACACCUACAUCCCUGUUGUCCCCGAGAGCCUUCUGGCCACUGUCUGCUGCCCCACUCCCUUCAUGGUUGGAGUCCAAAUGCGCUUUCGGCAGGAGGUUAUGGAGAGCCCCAUGGAAGAGGUCCUGUUGGUGAAUCUUUGUGAAGGAACCUUCUUAAUGUCAGUUGGUGAUGAAAAAGACAUCCUACCACCCAAGCUUCAGGAGGACAUCUUAGAAUCUCUUGGUCAGGGGAUCAAGGGGUCACAGACUUCUGAACAAAUCAAUGAGCAUGUUUCAGGCCCUUUUGUGCAGUUCUUUGUCAAGACUGUGGGCCACUACGCUUCCUACAUCAAGCGGGAAGCAAAUGGGCAAGGCCACUUCCAAGAACGGGGCUUCUAUAAGGCUCUGACCUCCAAGGCCAACCGCCGAUUUGUGAAGAAGUUUGUGAAGACACAGCUCUUUUCCCUUUUCAUCCAGGAAGCUGAGAAGAGCAAGAACCCUCCUGCAGGCUAUUUCCAACAGAAAAUACUUGAAUACGAGGAACGGAAGAAACAGAAGAAACCAAAGGAAAAGACUUUGAAAUAAGAGCUGUGGUGAACAGCAGUGACUAGACCUAUAGGCCAGUUGUGGACUUUGGCCCCUGCCAGCAUGGUAGGAUGUGAAGCUCUCAGCCCCCAGAAUCCACAGCCUUCUUCCGAGUCCUGGUAACCAGGUCUUGCUUCAAGUUGGUGUCCUGAGUUUGGGAUCCCUGGAAUCAGCUUUCUCAAGACUUUGGAAGGCUCUGACCUCUGUGCUCACAGAGCUGGGCACAAAGCUGCCUUUCCUGCAGAGGUGACACCGGGCAGGAGACAGUAGUAGAGGUGUUGUAGAGUCUUACAAGUUGCUGUAACUGCCCUCUUCCAGGAACCUCUUACAAAAUCCUCAACAGGGAAAGCAGCUGUGGCCCAAAGGCUCAGUUUCUCCACAUAGAAGAAGAGGUCUGUGGACAUGUGAGGAUAAGAAUAAAGAUGAAAAUCUUCUUGUUCUUUAAA